AUUAGAUAGGUUUUAAUGCCGUUGCCCCGCACUGUUCUGAAAUUCCGGAGAGUACACAGGUCCAAAACCAUCAAACGUUCUUCAUAUGUCAGGACUUUCAAUCCCGGAAUCAAUUCCGUGAAGCUCCUUGGAACCCUCUCCAGUUUCAGCAAAACCUUUACCUUCUCUACUCAUCGUCCUUCCCCCCACAACCCCCUCACCUGUCUCCUGCCAGCUUGCACGCUCUCCCCUUGUCCUUCCAUUCCCGGCCUGGAGCGUUCUCCCUCCACAGACGCUGGGCGGACCUCGUCUCUGACCCUCUGUUCCCCGUCCCAGCAGAUCGAUGACUUUAUGGGUCAGGAUUACAACGAGGAGGAGGAGGAGCACAAGUACUUUCGCCGCAAGCGUUUGUUCGUCAUCAAGAACCUGGUGUGUGCCAGUGUGGGCACCAUGCUGAUCUACGCCGUCUACCUGGGGCUCCUGCAGGUACAGUUGAUCCUGCACUAUGACGAGACGUACCGGGAGGUCAAGUACGGCAACCUGGGUCUGCAGGACAUCGACAGGAAGAUGCUGAUGGGGAUCAAUGUCACCCCCAUCGUGGCGCUGCUCUACACCCCUGUCCUCAUCAGGUUCCUGGGCACAAAGUGGAUGAUAUUCCUGGCCAUGGGGAUUUACUCUCUCUUCGUAUCCACCAACUACUGGGAGCGUUACUACACCCUGGUCCCGUCCGCUGUCGCCAUUGGAGCUGCGAUUGUCCCACUCUGGGCAGCCAUGGGGAACUACGUAACCAGAAUGGCUCAAAAGUACUACGAGUAUCUCAACUACAAGGAGGAACACGUUCAGGAGCAGAAGAAACCGCCGAAAGGAGUUUGUCACAAGCACAUCAUCACUUUCCAGUGUGUCUUUUACUUCUUCUUUAACAUGAGCUUCAUCUUUGCAGAGGUGCCAACGGCGGUCUUCCUGGAUAACUACCUCUGCGUAGCUGAUCACACCCUCUUCAACGUGAAACAUUGUGGUGAGUUAAACAUCCAACAUAGAAAGCUAGCACCCCAUAGGCUUUCUUAACUAUCCUGUCUACCUGUGGACAUGUACCCCCA